GUUAAAUCUGGUAACAACAUAAAUGAAGUGGAUAAAGAAGAUGAAGUAUCUAGUCCAAUAUCAGGAGAUAACGUGGUCAAAAUAGGUAAAAACGAAGAAGUAUUUGAUCCAGAAAUUUGCCAGUCCUGUAAACAAAAAGUUGAAGCUAUAAGACAUAUAGCGGAUUACCUCAAGCAAGAACUUGCUGCAAAUAAUUUUAACCACAUUAUCUAUAUAACCAAUAAUAUAAAUAGGUUGUUCACAAUUUUGAAUGAUAUUAAAACAACACAAAAUAAAAGAAGGUGUAAUCUGAUAUGGCAAGGAUCAACUCCAUGA